AUGGCCUUCGAUUUGGGCUACCCAACUGAAGGAGCCGAUGAUAUGGAGGCAGCUGAAAGAUACAUCAAAGAAUUAGAGCAUGACUUCACGCUAGUCUUGCUGCUGGAACACCUGGACGAGUCCUUGGUUCUUCUGAGACGUCUGAUGUGCUGGGAGACGCGAGAUGUCGUGUGCGACACCGUUCCGAAAAACGCCAGGAAUUACUCCUACAAAUCCUACAUCCCUACCGCCGAGGAGAUGACCAACCUUCGCAAGUGGAAGGCCGUGGAUUACCUUCUAUACGACACGUUCAACAGGUCGUUGUGGCGAAAGAUUGAAGCACAGGGACCAGAUUUUAAGAAAGAGCUCGACUACUACAGGGAACUGAAAAAGAACAUCAGUUGGUACUGCCAUGAAGAUCUAAAACAGAGGUCCAACCAUAGCAUCGUUGUGAAAGCUUCCAAUUGGAGCCCACAAUUCGUAGUUGAUAAGGAAUAUUGCAGAGGAAUAAAGACCCGGGAAUGGAUACUGAUGAGAGAUAUACGACAAAAGGCAUCAUGGAAAGAGGAGAGACGUUGGGGCAUUGUACUGCCUAUUGAGAAUGUACGGUCGAUCAUCAAAGGAUGGCCAACCUUCAAAUACAAGAUUGAACUAACAAAUUAUGAGAAGGGAUUGCAGAAAGAAACAAAAACAAACUAGAAAGACCUACAAUUGCUUGAGAGCAAAUACAGCAUUCGCAUAUUUGAUUUCAUUCCUUUGUUCAAGUGCAUAAAAUCUAAGAUGAGAAGAAAAUAAAAUAAAAAGGGAUAUAUGAAUAAAAAGAGAUAUUCAACCAUUCGAGUACUUGCAGUAACGUUAUAUGUUCCAAAAUGGUAAUUGCUUAAGGUCCAAGUUAGCUUUUAUUUAUUUCCUCUUUACGAAGGAAAUUAUUAAAACUUGAGUCCACUGGAAGCUUCAGAUUACAGAUUACAGGCAGGUAAGUCGUAGAAGAGAAACUCUGCUGCCCUGAGAGAGCUUCAGCCAUUUUUUCAGGUGCAUUAUGGAAGUUUUACACUACGGUACCGGGCAGAAGAAAGUCGGGGCCCGUGAUCUCGUUCCCAGCAUGGCGACAGACUUCCUCAAAGUAUUCUCGUUCCCACUGCCCCAUCCAGCGCGACGAAACGUCUAGUGCCCACUUCUCUCCGGGUCUCCUCCCA